AUGGUCUCACGCCUCCAGAUGAAGCUCAAAGAUAAGAUCGGUGUGGCCGGCAUCUUUGCUCUUGGCUUCUUUGUCGUGAUCGCCAGCAUUGUGCGAGCAUACUACUCAAAGAGGAACGAGACCAUGCUUACGUGCACUGUUUCCAUGAUCGAAACCGCCAUCGCCAUCAUUGCCACAUGUCUCCCUGCCUUACGUUCAAUGGUCCUGGGUACGGGUACUUCGAAGGGAACAUCCAAGAACAGCUAUGGCAGACACUACGAACUUUCAUCAGCGCGAAGAGUUGCGAACGAGAACCGCCUUACCGCGAGCCAUGCCAACAGCGGCGGAUUGCACUCAUCGCACAACACUCGCAACAGGGCAAAUGGAUCUGAAGACUCGUUGUUCUCAGACGGACACUUGCAACAGCCAGGGGAUGUUCACGCGGUGCCGGGUAAGAUCACGGUCAACACUCAGAUCGAGACUAUGUUCGAGACUCAGAGUAAUGCAUCAAGUGGAAAAACAAAGUCUCCAUUUCAUUAA